AUGAUGGAACUUCAUUUCGAACCCACACCCGAGAAUCCCUAUGCCUGGGAUUACCUUGAUAAUGAGACGGGAAUACCGGAUCGUCCUUAUGAUGAACUGGGAAUACUAUCUCCGGUACUCAGAGCCAGCUAUCACUUGGCAUUCUUCACAGGAGGAGCUCUUUCGCUCUCCAUGUUAUACUUGGUGUUGUAUAGGACAAGUGGGCAUUUAAAGAAUUACGGAAGAAUGCUGAUGCUUUGUUCGAUAACCGAUUUGAGUUACUGGCUCAUGGACAAUAUGCUGCAACUUGUAGGAAUCAAAAACUGCUUUUCUUUGUGUUUUUUCUGCAUUUGUCAUCGUUUUUGGCCGUUUUAGAAGGCGAGACUUCAAGAUGGCGUUUUCAUGGCCAAAUUUGAAGGUCCGGCAAUGUACUUUUCAUACAACAAUCAAGCAGUUGCUAUGGCUUGCUACGUGGCGACAUUGGCUUGGAUUCACAGUAUUCUGCCGGCUCAAUAUUACUUUAGGUAUUAUGCGGUGACAAGGUAAGGAAAUAUAUCAUGAAGUAGAUUUGACCAUUUGUCAUCACGGAAAUUGACCUGUGGAAGGGAUUCUGAGCGUUACUGAGUUGAAGACACGUAGUUUGUACAUUCCCGAACCCGUCAAUCCUUUUGUUUUUAGAUCCCAGCCCCUCAGCGGCUUGCAAACCGCCAGUAUCUACAUUCUGUCCCUGCUGCUCGCACUUCCCCUGGGAUUUAUUGCCUAUCCAGGCUACAGUCGAUCAGCCACAAGUCGCCCCGGAUUUAACUAUGGAACUCUGUGGUAUCGAGAGGUCCCUUUGCCUAAGGUUUUGUAUGCUGACAUUGUAAGCCGCCCUCUUGUUCACCUUAUAUUACCAUUUAUUUAACUGUUCUUUUUUAGCGUGACAUUUACCAACAACUCUACUUCUUCUAUGCGAAUCUUUUUGUGACCGCUUCGUACUUGCUCUCGCUUUAUUUCGCCUACAAAACUGUCCUUUUUUUAAAGCAGAACAGCAGCAUGUACUCGGAAAGGACCAAAUCUAUGCAAAAUCAACUUGCAAGGGCCUUGUUUUUUCAGGUAGUUAACAAAUUACAAUAUUUAUUACACAACUAAUGGUAUAAGCCGCGGAUUUACAUGAGCAAUUACCACCUACAACCAUUUCAGACCCUCCUGCCAAUAUUUGUUUCCAUUGGCCCAAUCCUCUUCAUUUGCGUCCCCUCGUUCUUCUACAUGAAUACCGGAAAGUCAGCGUUGAUCUUUAUGAACAUGACCAGCUGGAUCCCCGUCUUCAACCCGCUGCUUACAAUCAUUGCCAUCGUUCCGUACCGUCGUGCUGUUUUGGAAUGUUUUGGAAGAGGGAAAGUUCACACGUCAUCAGCAGGAAAGGAGAGUUCAAAUAAGGGAGAUGGGACUUUGGAAAUGAUGAUGUAA